AUGCUUCCUCACAACCCUUCCUUCUUUAAAACCCUAAACCCCUACUUCUCCACCUUCACAAAACCUUAUCCCCUACCCACCAAAUUCUCGAACCCACUCUACAAAACCCUAAUCCCAUUUCACUCCUCGCCUCAAAUCUCAUCACUCAAGUGUUUGUUUCAACCAAAACCAAACAAUGCGUCUUGCACACCAGAUGUUCGAUCAUAUGCCGGCCGUAGCAAGAAACAGCCAGGAGGAACCUCCACCGGCCGUAUCGAAGGGAAUGCUGAGUUACGUAGAGAAGCGAAGCGAAAUGCUCGACGGAAGAGCAAAAAGCUCGCCGAAAACCUCUUUUAUAGGCUCAAGAAUCCUCAUGGAAAUUACCCUAAUAAUUUCUCUGAAGAGGAGUUGCAGAUGAUUGGUUUGGGGUACGAUCGAAUGGUUCAGUUUAUGGAGAAAGAUGAUCCAAAUCUUAAACACCCAUAUGAUUGGUACAAGUACGGUGAAUUUGGGCCGUAUUCGUGGCGUGGUGUGGUUCUCGGAGAGCCGAUUCGUGGCCGGUUUUCGGACGAAAACGUGACCUUGAUUGGUGAAGUUAGGGAUCAAGAAGAGUGGGAAAAGAUUGAACAGUUCGAAAUGAGUCAAGAUUUCGGGCAGAGAAUGGAAUCAAUGGAUCGAAACGUUGGAUUCCGAUACUUUUGGGUGUUCGUUCGGCAUCCGAAGUGGCGAGUUUCAGAGCUGCCAUGGGAGCAAUGGACUCUUGUUAGUGAAGUUGUGGUUGAAUCUGGAAAACAGAGGUUAGAUAAGUGGAAUCUAAUGGGUAGGCUUGGGAAUCAAACAAGAUCUUUGAUCACGAAAUGUGCAGCAUGGAUGAGACCCGAUAUUAUAUACGUAAAGAGACCGGUUUAUCAAUGUCGAUUCGAGCCCCAAGAUGAGUUCUUUAAGGCGAUGGUACCGCUUCUUGAUCCUGCAAGUGAGCAAGAUUUUAUGUGCGAGUUAGAAAGCGAUGAUGGCGGGGUGGAAAUGUGUACGUAUUUUGGUGGGUUAUGCAAGAUUUUGAGGGUAAACCCAAAAGCCUUUGUGGAUGAUGUGGUUAAGGCGUUUGAGAAAGCGAGCGAUGAGAAGAAGUCAAAGUGUUUGGAGUUUGUACUCGGGAAUCAUCCGAUUGAGUUGCUUCAUCCGUAUACUAAAGAAUGGAAAGCUAAGCUGGAAGAUAUGGAGUUGGGUUGUGAUGCCCCGGAUGAGAUCGAUGAUGGUGGUUCAAAAACCGAAGUUUUGGAUUGGAUUGAAGACGAUGAUGAUGAUGAGGAUGAAGAUGAUAUAGUGGUGGAUGCUGAGCUUAGUGAGGUCGAAGAUGAUGAUGAUGAUGGUGAUGAUGAUGAUGAUGAUGGGUCGGGUUUGGAAGAAGAUGAGAAGUAUUGGGAAGGGGAGUUCGAGAAGGCGGUGAAUAAAAACGAAGAAAUGGAGGUAAUGGCGAGGCGAAGUGUUCAAAUGACGACAAAGUUGUAUGAGAAGCAAUCGCGGGUGAUGGAAGAGAAGGAACGGAAGGUGAAGGAAGAAAACGAGAACGAUGAUCGUGAAUUGCGUGGUCGAGCCAAGAUAAGUCCGGAGGAAUGGGAGAAAUUGGGGUACGGUCCGCGGAUGAAGAAGAUCAAGAAGAGUCGGAUUCCACCGGGCCAGUUUUUACGAGCCGCGGUGAGACCCUUUCGGUAUAAAAAUCUAGUGAAGGAGAUCGUGUUAACGAGACACGCGAUCGUAGAAGGCGAGAUUGGUGGCGACAAGAAGAAAUGAAAUCUGAAAUCUUGAAAUAGUUUGCGAAUGGUGUAUUUUAUGGGAGUAUCCCGUGAUUGUGAUCUUGUUAUACAUGUUUUAAUUUAAUUAUAUUGUUUAU